ACAGGUUGGGGUUGUCUGUAUGUUGUGUUUGUUCCCAGGCUGAGCUCCCAGCAGAACGCAGCUCCUGUGCGGACUGAUUCCGAGGGCGUGUUCACUCCGUUUACUCAGUACACAAACGUCAACACACACUCUGUAACACGCACACAGCGCGCACAAGGAAGCUUUUCACUAAACUUUUCACAGAUGGAACUAGCAGAAGCUGUCAAGUAAGGAAUGGCGGUGGAGCGGGUUGACUCAUCUCUUGACCUGGGCCACCUGACGGAGGACGAGCAGUCCUCCAUCCUGCAAGUCUUAGAGCGUGACUCCAAGUUACGUCAACGUGAUGAAGGGCGUGUCAGGAUCCUGGAGCAGACAGAAACAAAUCCAACACGCCUGCGCCUCCUGUCUGGAGGAUGGUUCAGCGAGGAGUGCAGCAAACGCCAUCACAAGUGGACUUCAGGCUGCGACCUCAUCCGAGCUACCAUGCGCCACAGAAAGACUAAGAGCAGAGAUGUGCCCCUAAAUGAACUGUUCAAUGGAGAGAAAGAGGAAACCUCCUUGAGCAACAGCUCUCUUGAAGCAAAGGGAAGAGUGAAGGACAGCAAGGAGGAGGAGAGAGGAGGAAAUGAAGGAAGCUUGAAAAGUCCUGUAGUGCAGGGUCCCCAGGAUAGGAACAGUUCCUCAUCAUCCAAAGAAGAUGAAAGACGAAGUAAUGGCCACAUGGAGGAACCCGAGGACAUGUCUGUCUGUCAAAACGGGGACACUGACUCUCUAAUCAGCAGUCUGACAGAACAAGAGCCAGUUUCGCUAAAAACCAGCAGCUCCAACAGCAGCCUUCAUUCGAGCUACACGCUCAGUGGCAGCAUGAUGAGCCUGUUCAGCUCCGGGGAUUUCGGAGUGGUGGAGGUGAGGGGCCGCAUCCAAUAUUCAUUGGUUUACGACACUCUCAAGGAGGAGCUCCAAGUGAAAGUGCAUCGCUGUGAGGACAUUGCCUCUGCACGCAAGAACCGCUCUGACCCAUACGUGAAAACAUAUCUCUUGCCAGACAAGUCAAAUCACAGUAAAAAGAAGACAUCGGUGAAGAAGAAGACACUUAACCCAGUCUAUGAUCAGACACUCAGAUAUAAAGUGCGUAUCGGAGAGCUGCGCAGUCGGACUUUGAACCUCUCUGUGUGGCAUGCCGAGCCUCUGGGGAGGAAUGUCUUCCUGGGGGAAGUGGAGGUGGCUCUUGGGCUCUGGGACUGGACUUGCACACAGCCGCUGUGGCAGGACCUGCAGCCACGGGUUUAUCUGAGUCCAGACUCCAUAAGCAGUAGAGGAAACAUCAUACUGUCUGUUAAAUUCAUUCCAGAAGGAUUUGAGGGUGGUGGUCUGCCUCUGACAGGAGAGCUUCACAUCUGGCUUCGGGAGGCUCAAGGUCUCCUCACCAGUAAAGGAGGUGCCAUAGAUUCCUUUGUUAGAAGCUACAUACUCCCAGAUGCUAGUCGACAAAGUAGUCAGAAAACGCGGGUGGUGAAGCGCUCCAUCAGUCCUACUUACAACCACACAAUGGUCUAUGAUGGCUUCCAAACCACAGACCUGAAGGAGGCCUGUGCCGAGCUCACUGUCUGGCAGCGCGAGGGGUUAAAGACACACAUCUUAGGAGGGAUUCGUCUGAGCCGUGGAACUGGUCAGAGUUAUGGCGAGGCUGUCAGCUGGAUGGACUCCACAGAAGAUGAAGUUGCUGUCUGGACCUCCAUGAUGGAAAACCCAAACCACUGGAUCGACACAACACUGCCAAUCAGAACUAACCUCACACAGCGGUCUGUGUGACCUGCACGCAAACACUCAUUUAUUUACGUGUUCAUGUAAUUGUUGGACUGUAAAAACAUCCCCAGUUACAACAGCACAUUUAGCCUCUAUUGUAAACACGUGCAUAUACGGUUUAUUUCUGGUUUUAUCACACACAAAGGGAAGUCAGUAGUGGUGCAAUAUUGUGACUUAAUGGCAUGGCUUAGCAGUACCAUUUUAAAAUCUGUUGGUUUAGUCUGAAAUGUGAGAUUUGUGUGUGUUGAUCAGACAAAAAUGCACUUGUUAUUCAUGGUAGUCUGUUAAUUAAAUAUCAGACCGAACUGAUCAUGAGGUGUUUUGGUUUAUUCAUAGAUUUUUAUAAGGCAAGUUAAUAACCACAGACACACAAGUUUACUGCAAUUUUUUCCUUGAUAUUUCAAACUGAUAUUUCAGUCCUUUGAUUGUGUAGGAAAAUCAGAUUUUUUUUGUCUUUUCCAUGACAGAAUAUACUGGUUAAUCCUUAUUAUUCAGAUAAAUAGUGAUUACAUUUUCAACUAAAUUCAAUGCAUUAAAUCAUUCUUUUGAUUAGUUGGCCACCACCCCGUGGUCAGACCUGGCACUGAAAACUCUAUACUUCUUUGUAGAAUCAUGUCAGGAACUAAAAAUGAGGACAAAGUCCUAAAAUUAUUAUUAUUAUUAUUAUUAUUAUUAUUAUCAUUAUUAUUAUUUCUAACUUCUUUCUGUAAGUAACUGCUUUAACAUCAGGUCUAUUUUAUCAUUAACAGUGGAAUAAAUGAUCUUUGCCUAAACUGCAGGUGUCCUCCAGCAGAUGGCAGUGAUCAUAUUCCUUCAAGCUAGAAGGAAAAUGAAAAUCUUAUUUUUAUUUUUUAUUUAAGUCUCAGGCACAAGGAUGUAUUUGUGUGUUAUUCACAUAGAAUUCUUUAAUCCCGUGUCAGUUUAUUUUCUUAUAAUAUAUCACUAAUGCAACAAAAAGAAACUCCAGCUUUAAUAUUAAGCCUUUGAAAUUUUUCCACAGAAUUUGUCUUAAUAUUUAUUUUUAUGCUUGGAAAUUAAAAGCCAGUAGAGAAACAAGUGAUACUGGCUUUUUAAUCAGUCCUCUGCAAUACAUACAAGAUCUCAGUGAAAGGGACACUUCAUUGUCUUGAUCAGAUUCUUUUUUUUAAUGUUAUAUUACAACAUUUUUCUUUUUUCAUUGCUAGUUAUGUAGUAAUGAUCAAACAUACAGAAAAAAUAUUAUCAAUCACUAGUAAGAGCAUUUCCUGUAAACUGUGCAAUAUGCUUAAAGGCCUGUUUAAAUAAGUAUGUUUAUUAAACUUACAGUAAUGUUC